CUGAACAUUCCCAGUUUGCGGAGCGGCGCCUGAAGGCAGCAGCAGCCACCAGUGUCCGUGCGGUUCAGAAACUUCAAACUUCAGCGGCUCGGAGCAGAAACUCCGCGGGAACACGAAGCUCAUAUCCCCGCUGCACUCUCCCCCAAGAGACACCCCCCAGCCCGAGAGCCACAGCCGGCGCACCCCGCAGAGCCCGAGGAAGAUGCCGGCCACAGAGAAGGACCUGGCGGAGGACGCCCCGUGGAAGAAGAUCCAGCAGAACACCUUCACCCGCUGGAUCAACGAGCACCUCAAGUGCGUCAACAAGCGGAUCGUGGACCUGCAGCUGGACCUGGGGGACGGACUGAGGCUCAUCGCGGUGCUGGAGGUGCUGAGCCACAAGAAGAUGUUCCGAAAGUACCACCCGAGGCCCAACUUCAGGCAGAUGAAGCUGGAGAACGUGUCGGUGGCGCUGGAGUUCCUGGACAAGGAGAACAUCAAGCUGGUCUCCAUAGACUCUAAAGCCAUCGUGGAUGGGAAUCUGAAGCUGAUCCUGGGUCUGAUCUGGACUCUGAUCCUGCACUACUCCAUCUCCAUGCCAAUGUGGGAGGGUGAGGAUGAAGAGGCAGAAUCAAAGACACCCAAACAGCGUCUGCUCGGCUGGAUCCAAAACAAAGUCCCAGAUCUGCCCAUCAGCAACUUCAGCAGGGACUGGAGAGACGGCAAGGCACUGGGAGCACUGGUGGACAGCUGUGCACCAGGUCUGUGUCCAGACUGGGAAACCUGGGAUUCAGUCAAACCAGUGAAUAAUGCCACUGAAGCCAUGCAGCUGGCUGACGAGUGGCUGGGCAUCCCGCAGGUGAUCACCCCAGAGGAGAUCAUUGACCCCGGUGCAGACGAGCAGUCGGUGAUGACCUACCUGUCUCAGUUCCCAACCAAACUGAAGACAGGAGCUCCACUCAAACCCAAACUCAACCCCAAGAAGGCCAGAGCCUACGGACCAGGUAUCGAGCCGACGGGGAACCGGGUGAGGCGUCCCGCUGUGUUCACCGUGGACACGUUCAGUGCAGGUCAGGGUCAGGUCACCGUCUACCUGGAUCAUCCAGACGGCACCAGAGAGGAGCUGAAGGCGGAGCCUAACGAGGGCAAGAAGACGUUCAGCGUCACCUACAUUCCUGAAGUCGUGGGAGCUCACAAGGUGACGGUGAUGUUUGCAGGUCAGCAGAUUCCCAAGAGUCCGUUCGAGGUGAGCGUGGACAAAGCGCUCGGCGACGCCUCCAAGGUCACGGCCAAAGGGCCGGGAAUUGAACCUGUGGGCAGCAUCGCGAACAAACCCACCUACUUUGACAUCUACACUGCAGGAGCCGGUACAGGAGACGUCACGGCCAUGAUCAGAGACCCUCAGGGCCGCCAGAACAGUGUGGAGGUGAUGAUGGAGGAUAAGGGCGACAGUGUGUACCGCUGCACCUACAAACCCAACCAGGCCGGACCACACACUGUUACUGUGACCUUUGGAGGGGUGGGGGUCCCCAAGAGCCCCUUCAGCGUGGACGUGGGGCCCGCCUGCUUGCCGGGGUCGUGCAGGGCGACGGGCCGGGGUCUCCAGCCGACCGGCUUGAGGGUGAAACAGGUCGGUGACUUCAAGGUUGACACGAGGACGGCCGGCAGCGGAGACCUGAAGGCUGUCGUCAAAGGACCCAAAGGCACGGAGGAGCCGGUGAAGCAGCUCUCCGGUCAGGACGGUGUGUUCUCCUACGAGUAUUAUCCCAACAGUCCUGGCAAACACAGCGUCUCCAUCACCUGGGGGGGUCAGCACAUCCCGAAGAGUCCGUUCGACGUGACGGUGGGUAAGGAGGCGGGGCCUCAGCAGAUCAGGGCCUGGGGUCCCGGCCUGGAGGGAGGCAUUGUGGGUAAAACCGCUGCCUUUGUAGUGGAGUCCAUCGGCACUGACGUGGGAGUGCUGGGUUUUGCCAUCGAGGGACCUUCACAGGCUAAAAUUGAGUGUGAGGAUCAGAACGAUGGGUCAUGUGAUGUGAGUUACUGGCCGACAGAACCCGGCGAAUACGCCGUCCACGUGACCUGUGACGAGGAAGACAUCGAGCACAGCCCCUUCAUGGCCUUCAUCGUCCCUGACGACAACGCCAGUGACCCAGACAAGGUCCAGGCUUUUGGGCCGGGGCUUGAGAAGAGCGGCAGCCUGGUCAACCAGCCGGCCGAGUUCACUGUCAACGCCAAGGAGGCUGGGAAAGGUCCGCUGAAGAUCUCGGCUCAGGAUGCAGAGGGACUUCCUGUGGAGGUGAAGGUGAGGAGUAAAGGCGACGGGCUGUACUCCUGCUCCUACACGCCCAACUCCCAUCUCAAACACACCGUGGCCGUCGCCUGGGGAGGAGUCGGCGUCCCCAACAGCCCCUUCAGGGUGAAUGUGGGUAAAGGAAGUCACCCCGACCUGGUGAAGGUGUUUGGUCCUGGAGUGGAGAGAACCGGACUGAAGGCCAACGAGCCCACACACUUUACUGUCGACUGUUCAGGAGCCGGAGAUGGUGACGUCAGCGUGGGCAUUAAAUGUGACGCCAACAUGGUCGGUGAAAAGGAGGCUGACGUGGAUUUUGACAUCAUCCCCAACGCCAACGACACGUUCACCGUCAAAUACAUCCCCCCUGCUGCGGGAAGACUCACCGUCAAAGUCCUGUUCACAGACAAAGAAGUACCACAGAGCCCCUUCCAAGUCAAAGUUGCUCCUUCACACGAUGCAUCGAAGGUUAAAGCAGAGGGUCCCGGACUGGCUCGCACUGGUGUGGAGAGUGGAAAGCCGACUCAUUUCACCGUGUUGACUAAAGGAGCCGGUAAAGCACCGCUGGACGUCUCCUUCUCCUCGCCCGUCAAAGACUUUGACGUCAUCGACAACUACGACUACUCUCAGACGGUCAAAUACACACCUGUCGCACAGGGGGAUACAGCAAUCUCUGUGAAGUUUGGAGGAGACCCCAUCGCCAAGAGCCCGUUCACGGUCGGGGUGGCCGCCCCGCUGGACCUCGACAAGGUCACAGUGGACAACCUGGAUGGAAGAGUGGAGGUCGAUCAGCAGCAGCAGUUUAUGGUUGACACCAAGGGGGCAGGAGGUCAAGGUCACCUGGAGGUGGCAGUGCUGAGUCCCAGUCAGUGUGCUGUACCGUGUAAAGUGGAGCCUCAGCCCAAGUCGGCCGAUGUCAGUUUGGUCCGUUACACCCCCACGGAGGAGGGCCUAUACGCUGUCAACGUGUCCUACGACGGACACCCCAUCCCUGGGAGCCCCUUCCCUGUAGAGGCCCAGCUGCCUCCAGAUCCAAGCAAGGUGAAGGCCUUUGGUCCGGGCCUGAAAGGGGGUUUGGUGGGGAACCCUGCAGAGUUCACCAUCGACACCAAGGGUGCUGGCACCGGAGGACUGGGGCUGACGGUGGAGGGGCCGACCGAAGCCAAGAUCGAGUGUUCGGACAACGGAGACGGGACCUGCUCCGUCUCAUACUUGCCCACCGAGCCUGGAGACUAUCUGGUCAACAUCCUGUUUGAGGAGGUCCACAUCCCCGGCUCGCCGUUCAGAGCAGACAUCCAGAUGCCCUUUGACCCCUCCAAGGUGGUGGCGUCAGGGUCGGGCCUGAAGAGAGCCAAGGUUGGUGAGACCAGUGUGGUGAACGUGGACUGUUCUCUGGCUGGACCGGGUCAGCUCAGCCUGGAGGCGCUGCCAGACUCCUCCCCUUCCAGCCCCACCGGCUCUGCACCGGGCUCCGGUGUGAAAGCUAAGACGGAGGUGGUGGACAACAAAGACGGAACCUACACGGUCACCUACGUCCCUCUGACCUCCGGAAUGUACACGCUCCUGCUGAAGUACGGAGGAAAGGCCGUGCCCGGUUUCCCCGCUAAGGUGAUGGUGGAUCCUGCUGUCGACACCUCGAAGGUCAAAGUGUUUGGACCUGGAGUGGAGGGACAAGCUAUUUUCAGAGAAGCCACCACAGAUUUCACGGUGGACGCUCGUCCCCUGAGCCGGCGAGGAGGCGACCACGUGAAGGCCGAGGUCAGGAACCCGUCCGGAGCGCUGACGGACUGUCAGGUCACCGACGUGGCCGACGGGACUUACAGCAUCGAGUACACUCCCUUUGAGAACGGCGUCCACAGCGUCCAGGUUCUGUACGACGACACGCCGGUUCCCAAGAGCCCGUUCAGGGUCACUGUGUCAGAGGGAUGUGAUCCCAGCAAGGUGGUGGCUUCUGGCCCCGGGCUCCAACAAGCGCUGACCGACAAAACCAACAAGUUCAACAUCGUCACCAGAGGGGCGGGUAUCGGCGGCCUCGGCAUCACUGUGGAGGGUCCGUCAGAGUCCAAGAUGUCUUGUAAGGACAACAAAGAUGGCAGCUGCAGCGUGGAGUACGUUCCUUACACCCCCGGACUCUACGACGUCAACAUCACCUACGGAGGAGAGCACAUCCCCGGAAGUCCAUUCAAAGUCCCGGUGAAGGACGUGGUGGACUCCAGUAAGGUCAAAGUGACCGGUCCCGGCGUGGGGUCAGGGGUCCGAAGCAAUAUCCCCCAAUCCUUCACGGUUGACUGCAGGAAGGCGGGCGUGGCCCCCCUGGCCGUGGCUGUCACGGCUCCUAAAGGCGUCGCUGAGCCCGUUGAGGUGAAAGACAACGGGGACGGGACUCACUCCGUGUCCUACACCCCGUCGGUGGAGGGACCGUACUCUGUGGCCGUCAAGUACGCAGAGGAGGAUGUCCCACGCAGUCCCUUCAAGUUUCGGGCUCUGCCCACUCAUGAUGCCAGUAAAGUGCGAGCCAGCGGCCCCGGGCUGACCAGCGGCGUCCCGGCCAGCUUCCCCGUCGAGUUCAACAUCGACGCCAAGGACGCCGGCCAGGGCCAACUGAGCGUCGUCAUCACCGACCAGGAUGGUAAAACUAAGCAGCCCAGUAUCCAUGACAACGGUGACGGUACAUACGGGGUGUCUUACAUCCCGGACCGCGCCGGCCGCUACACCAUUGUGAUUAAGUACGGUGGCGACGACAUCCCUGCCUCGCCCUACAGAGUCCGUGCCACGGCAACCGGAGACGCCAGCAAGUGCAUCGUCACAGGUCCCGGCGUGGGCCCCACGGUGGCCAUAGGCGAGGAGCUGGGCCUGGUGGUGAACGCCACGGGUGCUGGGAAGGGGAAGGUGAGCUGUGUGGUGGUUCAGCCCGACGGCAGCGAGGUGGAGGCCGAGGUGCUGGAGAACGAGGACGGAACCUUCGACAUCUUCUACACGGCUCCCGCUCCUGGGAACUACGUCAUCUACGUGCGCUUUGGAGGAGAGAACGUCCCACGCAGUCCCUUCAAAGUCAUGGCUACUGAUGAGGUACCAAUGAUGCAAGAGCAGAUGUCUCAACAGCAAAAGGCCGCUCCCCCUGGAGCUGGGUUUCAGCCCUGGGUGACGUCAGAGAACUUCGAGCCAAUCAGCAGCAGCGUGAAUGGAAGCGGCUUCCGAUCGUUCGACAUGGUGAUACCGUUCUCCUUCAGGAAGGGCGAGAUCACUGGUGAGGUGCUGAUGCCUUCAGGUAAAUCUGCUCAGCCACUGAUCACAGACAACCUGGACGGGACGGUCACUGUUCAGUACUCGCCCACUGAGGCCGGCCUGCACGAGAUGCACAUCAAGUACAACGGCACGCACAUCCCAGAGUCUCCCCUCCAGUUCUAUGUGAACCAUGCCAGCAGUCCCAACGUCACCGCCUACGGUCCAGGUCUGAGCUACGGCGUUGCCCAGAAGAUGGCCACGUUCACAGUGUUUACAGAGGACGCCUCCGAAGGCGGUCUGGACUUGGCCAUCGAGGGUCCGUCCAAAGCGGACAUCAGCUGCGUGGACAACAAGGACGGGACGUGCAGCGUCAGCUACAUGCCCACUCUGCCCGGAGACUACAACAUCCUGGUGAAAUACAACAACGACCACAUCGCCGGCAGCCCGUUCACGGCCAGGAUCACCGAGGACAACCAGCGGCGUUCUCAUGUCAAACUGGGCUCAGCGGCAGAUUUCUCUCUGGAUAUAAACGAGACGGACCUCAGCCUGCUGACCGCCAGCAUCCGGUCGCCAUCCGGCCGUGACGAGCCCUGCCUGCUGAAGAGGAUGGCAAACAACCAUAUUGGGAUCUCCUUCAUCCCCCGGGAGGUGGGUGAACACCGCGUCAGCAUCCUGAAGAACGGUCGGCACGUCGCCAACAGUCCCAUCACCAUCAUGGUCGUCCAGUCUGAAAUCGGCGACGCCAGCCGAGUCAAAGCUCACGGCGACGGCCUCGUCCAGGGAACCACGUUCAACAACGCCAGCUUCGUGGUGGACACACGAGAGGCCGGUUAUGGAGGCCUGGCUCUGUCCAUCGAAGGUCCCAGUAAGGUGGACAUCCAGACGGAGGACAUAGAGGACGGGACGUGUGGAGUCACUUACUGUCCGACUGAGCCUGGGAACUAUAUCGUCUCGAUCCGCUUCGCUGAGGAACACGUCCCAGGAAGUCCGUUCACAGUGCGGGUGACGGGCGAGGGUCGUAUCCGGGAGAGCAUCACUCGACGACAGAAGGCAGCAUCUGUCUCCAGCGUGGGGAGUGUGUGUGACCUCAGUCUGAAGAUACCAGCGAUCGACAUGAAGGACGUCACCGCGGAGGUCACGUCCCCCUCGGGAGCCAGUCAGCCCGCCGAGCUGGUCGCGGUCGGAAACGACACCUACUGUGUGCGGUUCGUGCCCACAGAGAUGGGCGUGCACAGUGUGAGCGUGAGGUACAGGGGCGUGCACGUGCCAGGCAGCCCCUUCCAGUUCACCGUGGGGCCGCUGGGAGAGGGCGGGGCCACCAAGGUGAGAGCAGGAGGUCCGGGACUGGAGGGAGCACAGGCAGGAGAGCCGGCUGAGUUCAGCAUCUGGACGAGGGAGGCGGGGGCCGGCGGCCUGUCCAUCGCCAUGGAGGGGCCGAGCAGGGCGGAGAUCUCAUUUGACGACCGCAAGGACGGAUCCUGUGGCGUCUCGUACAUCGCUCAGGAGCCCGGUGAUUAUGAGAUUUCGGUGAAGUUCAACGAGCAGCACAUACCCGACAGCCCCUUCCUGGUCCCGGUCGUGGCUCCGGUGAACGACGCCCGCCGCCUCACUGUUACCGGCCUUCAGGAGUCUGGCCUGAAGGCGAAUCACCCAGCAUCCUUUGCGGUGCGUCUGAAUGGAGCGCAGGGGAAGAUGGAGGCCAAGGUUCACAGCCCCUCUGGUGCUCUGGAGGAGUGUGCCGUCACCGAGCUGGAGAAAGACAAGUAUGCGAUCCGGUUCAUCCCCAGGGAGAACGGCGUCCACUCCAUCGACGUCAAGUUUAACGGCUCUCACAUCCCGGGAAGUCCUUUCCAGGUCCGAGUCGGGGAACCGGGACAAACCGGAGAGCCGAGUCUGGUCACAGCGUAUGGAGCUGGACUGGAGAGAGGCACCACAGGUUCCCAGUCAGAGUUCAUCAUCAACAACACUAAGGCGGGCCCCGGGGCCUUGGCCGUGACCAUCGAGGGCCCCUCCAAAGUGAAGAUGGACUGUCAGGAGGUUCCAGAGGGCUACAAGGUGCAGUACACCCCCAUGGCUCCUGGGAACUACCUGAUCAGCAUCAAAUAUGGAGGACCCAACCACAUCACUGGAAGUCCCUUCAAGGCUAAAGUCACAGGUCAACGGUUGGUGACUGUGACCAACGCCAGUGAGACGUCCACCCUGACGGUGGAUCCGGCCGUACGGGCGUCCAGCGGCAGCCUCACUCAGAGCAUCAUGCCCAGGCCCAGCGACUCGGACGCCAGCAAGGUGCUGAGCCGAGGCUCCGGCCUCAGCAAGGCCUUCGUGGGCCAGAGGAGCAGCUUCUCUGUGGACUGCAGCAAGGCCGGGAAGAACAUGCUGCUGGUGGGUGUGCACGGUCCUCAGGUUCCCUGUGAGGAGGUGCUGGUCAAACACUUGGGCAACCUGCAGUACAACGUCGGCUACCUGCUGAGGGAGCGGGGCAAUUACGUCCUGGUGGUCAAGUGGGGCGACGACCACAUCCCGGGCUCCCCCUUCCACGUCGUCGUCCCAUGAUGCGCCGAGAAAACCCGCUUUGCAUCCCUGUUCGAGUUGGAGUGGACACACGAGCUGCAAUGCAAAUGACAACAAUGAGCAAGUGGCUUAACAAAGCUUUGUGCGCAAACCUUUUCAGUUCGAAUCAGAUGUUUUCAGGAGGUUCUGACCCGACAUGAUUACUUUAUAUGUUGAGAAACGCCUCAACCUGCCCUUCAAAGAGGAAAAACAUGUUUUUAAAAACCCUUAAAGAGUUGAAGGGGAUAGAAAACGACCACGUCAGUGAAUUGAGACGUUAUGAGGGUGAAACCUCGGCAGCGUCGCGGAGGCAAAACGGUCGACACAGUAAUCUGGCCUGAAGGAAACUGAGGGAUGAAAUCACCUGAUUGGAGGAGGAGAUAUCAUCACAGUUUUGCUGCCCUGAAAUUAUGAAUUGACAAACGUUUUCCAAAACUGUUAAACUGGAUGUUGGGGAUUUGGAAAAGUGGAGCCAAACCUUUUUAAAAUGUUUAUGAUUAGAAAUAAAAGUGGAAAAAGGAGGCAGCACUUUCCCCCGUGUGGAUGAAAACCCCAGAGUUCUGUGAGAUUCCUCUGCGGUUAGUUUCUGCACCGAGGAGCCAAAUGAAGCUUCUCAGAUUUAACCUGGUGCCACGAGGAGAAGCCAAAAAUAACCAAAACAAAAGUGCUGAGAAUGAAACAAAAAAACAUCUCAACUAAAAGACCUGGACUUCUCUGUGUUUGCUUUAUCGUCAUGUUAGUUUAAAGAAUAUCGACGAACCUGAUUCUCUCUGACACGAAAAACGCCAAACUGCACUCGACUACUGACGUUUGCUGAUUUCUUUCUCUUGAACCUCUUUAAAAAUCCCACGAGUUCACAAUGUCGCCGUAACAAAUCAGCGACGCUGCUGUUUCCUGCACUGACCGACACGCGAGGGGUCAUCGCUUUUCUCUGUUGUUCCUUCAGCUGCAUUUAUUUGUCACGUGAACGGAUCUUACGUUUAACCGCGCGGCUCAAUUUCAAACUCGGGCAGGAAACAGGAAACAAACUGAAACGCUGUGUGUCGCUCGUUAAAAUGUUGAACUUCAGAUCUGAGCUGCAGAGUUAAAGGUCAGAUCUGUGUCUGUGUGGAAAUCCUGUGUAAACGGGGAUGAAUCUGUCCUCGUGUCUGACCCGGCUGUCGUCGCCUUAUCACUGCUACUUUUCGUACUUUAGGGUUGUUGUUUUGUUUUUUUUGUAUGUGGGGAAAGAAAAAUUCAUUUUGUAUUUUGGGGGAAAAGGUGUUUUAACGUGAAACUAAACUCUAGAGAUGAUGUACAUUUGAUAAUUAAAAUAAACUGGAAUUAA